AUGAGAAAAAUGUUGCCUGGUAUUGGUGUGUUCGGCAAUACUGCCGCCAUGAGGUGCUACAUUCCUAUGUUCAAGUCCUAUGGUUUUGAAGUGGUGGCUCUGUGGGCUAGGACACAAGAAGAAGCCAAGCAGAUGUCCGACGACCUGGGUAUUGAGAUUUACACAACAGACGUUGAUAAGGUUUUACUUCACAAAGAUGUGGACCUGGUGGUGAUCAGCUGUUCCCCACACCUGCAAGCUCACAUUGCUUCCAAGGCCUUGGGCAUCGGGAAACACGUCCUAUGUAGUCCUCCUGCUGGGCCGCACAGUCGGGGAACACUUCCCAUGGUGCACUCAUCUAGAUACUAUCCUCGGCUGAUGUCUUUGAUGUGCAAUGGGCUUCGUUUUCUCCCUUCAGUUAUUAAAAUGAGACAGCUGAUCAAAGAUGGCUUUAUUGGCGAAGUCACCAUUUGCGAAGCCAAGAUGCAUUACGGGCACAGGCUGAGCCAUACGUUUGACUGGAUGUGUGAUGAAAUGAUGGGCGGUGGCGUGUUGAAUAUGUAUGGUGCCAUGGUCAUAGAUAUUCUGAGUCACGUGACAGGACAGCGUGCGACCAGGGUUCAGGGAAUUCUGAAGACUUACACCAAGCAAACUGAGCAUAUCCGGGGAAUUCGAGAGAUCACAAGUGAUGACUUCUGCUCGUUUCAGAUGGAACUAGAUGGUGGGGCUUGUGCAACAGUGACGCUCAAUGGACACAUGCAUGGGCAGUUUGUUCAGGAGAUCAUCAUAGUGGGUUCUAAAGGUCGGCUAGCUCUCAGAUCAGCAGAUCUGUACGGCCAGAGGCACGAUCGGGUUAAAGAAGAUUUACUUCAUUUUGAUCCGGUGAACUACAAAGAUUUAGAAUCACUUGGUAUCCAUGAAAAAGUCCGAGGAGAAAUUCCUAUUCCUUACAUGAAAGGUGUUAUCAAAAUGGUGGAAUGUGUACGGGACGCUUUCCAGCAAGUAGAAGAAAGGCAAGGUUGGACCCCUGAACCUGUAGACAUGGCUGCAACAUUUGAAGAUUGUUUUUAUGUUCAGACUGUGGUAGACGCCGUCAGAUCUGCCAGCAAGUCUCGUCAGUCAGUCAAGGUGGUUAUGACAGAUGCAGAGCCCGAGUCCAACCCUUUUCUCUCCACAGCGAUGAGGAGAAGUACAUUCUCUCUCCAUUAA